AUGCAUCUCGUCACCACGAUGAGCGGACUGCUGGAAGAGGAUGUGCAGCACUCAAGUCUCAUCGGGCACGUCUUCUAUCAGGCUCAUGAAAUGGAUUCGAUCUAUGAAAAUUCAGGUUUCAUACUUUCAACAGUUGCUUCCAGUCUAAAACCUUCUCAAUGUAACGAAAACUCCACUGAAGAUCAAGAACGAGAGAGAGAAGUCACUUCCCCAAAGUGGAUUAAAGUUCUUCUGGUUGUUCUGGGUUCCUCUCUUGUUUUUGCUCUCGGAGGUCUCUUUGCACUGUGGAUGCUUAAUAAUCAAAAGCUUGCUGAUUUUGAGUCACUGAAUAAUCAGCACAUCAUGAUUUCAAAGCAACUGUCAGCUCAAGAGAUAAACGGCACAAUUCUGAUUAGAGAGCUAGAGGAAUGUAAAUCCAAUUACACAAGAGUUAGAGAACACUUUCAACAUCAUGAUGUAAUGAAGAAAGAGUUCUUAAUUCUUACAGCCAGAUACAACACACUUAGAAAAUGGUUGUCGUUUUACGAUGCUCAGGUUUGUAAUCUGUCUGUGGAUGGCUGGAUAGCUUGUCGUGGAAAGCUGUAUUUAUUCAGCUCUGAUAAACUGAACUGGUCAAGCAGUCGAGAUGUCUGUGUUUCAAAAGAUGCCAAGCUGGUCACCAUAACCAACCAAUCAGAACAGUCUAUCAACUGCUGUCAGCAUGUCAACAUUGCACACUGCACCUAA